AUGACUGCACCGUGCAACAUGAUGGUUCGAUUCCCGCACGUUUCGAGCGUCCUCGAAAACUAUCGAGUGUCCUCGAAAUCUAUCGAGCGUCCUCGAUCAGUUUCGAGCGUCCUCGAAAACUAUCGAGCGUCCUCGAAAACUAUCGAGCGUGCUCGAAAACAAUCGAGCGUCCUCGAAAACUAUCGAGUGUCCUCGAAAUCUAUCGAGCGUCCUCGAAAACUAUGGAGUGUCCUCGAAAUCUAUCGAGCGUCCUCGAUCAGUUUCGAGCGUCCUCGAAAACAAUCGAGCGUCCUCGAAAACUAUCGAGUGUCCUCGAAAACAAUCGAGCGUCCUCGAAAUCUAUCGAGCGUGCUCGAAAACUAUCGAGCGUCCUCGAAAACAAUCGAGCGUCCUCGAAAACAAUCGAGCGUCCUCGAAAACUAUCGAGUGUCCUCGAAAUCUACCGAGCGUCCUCGAAAACAAUCGAGCGUGCUCGAAAACUAUCGAGCGUCCUCGAAAACUAUCGAGCGUCCUCGAUCAGUUUCGAGCGUCCUCGAAAACAAUCGAGCGUCCUCGAUCAGUUUCGAGCGUCCUCGAAAACAAUCGAGCGUCCUCAAAAACUAUCGAGCGUCCUCGAAAUCUAUCGAGCGUCCUCGAUCAGUUUCGAGCGUCCUCGAAAACAAUCGAGCGUCCUCGAAAUCUAUCGAGCGCCCUCGAAAACAAUCGAGCGUCCUCGAAAACAAUCGAGCGUCCUCGAUCAGUUUCGAGCGUCCUCGAAAACAAUCGAGCGUCCUCGAUCAGUUUCGAGCGUCCUCGAAAACAAUCGAGCGUGCUCGAAAACUAUCGAGCGUCCUCGAAAACAAUCGAGCGUCCUCGAUCAGUUUCGAGCGUCCUCGAAAACUAUCGAGCGUCCUCGAAAACUAUCGAGCGUCCUCGAAAACAAUCGAGCGUCCUCGAUCAGUUUCGAGCGUCCUCGAAAACAAUCGAGCGUCCUCGAUCAGUUUAGAGCGUCCUCGAAAGCAAUCGAGCGUCCUCGAAAACUAUCGAGUGUCCUCGAAAACAAUCGAGCGUCCUCGAAAUCUAUCGAGCGCCCUCGAAAACUAUCGAGCGUCCUCGAAAACAAUCGAGCGUCCUCGAAAACAAUCGAGCGUCCUCGAAAACUAUCGAGUGUCCUCGAAAUCUAUCGAGCGUCCUCGAAAACUAUCGAGUGUCCUCGAAAUCUAUCGAGCGUCCUCGAUCAGUUUCGAGCGUCCUCGAUCAGUUUCGAGCGUCCUCGAAAACAAUCGAGCGUCCUCGAUCAGUUUCGAGCGUCCUCGAAAGCAAUCGAGCGUCCUCGAAAACUAUCGAGUGUCCUCGAAAACAAUCGAGCGUCCUCGAAAUCUAUCGAGCGCCCUCGAAAACUAUCGAGCGUCCUCGAAAACAAUCGAGCGUCCUCGAAAACAAUCGAGCGUGCUCGAAAACUAUCGAGCGUCCUCGAAAACAAUCGAGCGUCCUCGAUCAGUUUCGAGCGUCUUCGAAAACAAUCGAGCGUCCUCGAAAACUAUCGAGCGUCCUCGAAAACAAUCGAGCGUCCUCGAUCAGUUUCGAGCGUCCUCGAAAACAAUCGAGCGUCCUCGAUCAGUUUCGAGCGUCCUCGAAAACAAUCGAGCGUGCUCGAAAACUAUCGAGCGUCCUCGAAAACUAUCGAGCGUCCUCGAUCAGUUUCGAGCGUCCUCGAAAACAAUCGAGCGUCCUCAAAAACUAUCGAGCGUCCUCGAAAUCUAUCGAGCGUCCUCGAUCAGUUUCGAGCGUCCUCGAAAACAAUCGAGCGUCCUCGAUCAGUUUCGAGCGUCCUCGAAAACAAUCGAGCGUGCUCGAAAACUAUCGAGCGUCCUCGAAAACAAUCGAGCGUCCUCGAAAACAAUCGAGCGUCCUCGAAAACAAUCGAGCGUCCUCGAUCAGUUUCGAGCGUCCUCGAUCAGUUUCGAGCGUCCUCGAAAACAAUCGAGCGUGCUCGAAAACUAUCGAGCGUCCUCGAAAACUAGCGAGUGUCCUCGAAAACAAUCGAGCGUCCUCGAAAUCUAUCGAGCGUCCUCGAAAACAAUCGAGCGUCCUCGAUUACUUUCGAGAGUUACUCGAAAUCUAUAG